AUGCCCCGGAAUCCUAUUCCAGCAAUAAAAAAUAAUUUAGCCGAACAAAUCAAAAUAGGCAAGUACGAUUUAGCCGAAGAUCCAAAAGUGUCACAUAGUACAAAUCAUAACGCAUCUCUGCCUGUCGUUACAACAACGAAAACAAUGACGACUACCGUCACUACCGUGUUGACAAAACCUACGAAUUUAAUUGAUGGUGAAUGUCUUUGCCCACUUUGUAAUGAAAUCUUUCAAACGACGUGUCACCGACCGAUUAGUGAAAUAUCAUGCGGUCAUAUUGUUUGUUUUCAAUGUUUUGUUCUCAACACGAAUCAGUUCGGCUGUGCACAAUGUACUACUUCUUCCGAAGCAACGACCGUCAAUAUGAAAUUACCAUUGAAAACUAGUAUAUCUCAAGAAACGAAGAUUGUUGAACAUUCAAACACGCCAGAAAAAUUGGAAAGUCAAAUUCGACAUGUUUUUCAUCGUGUUUUCGGUUUGACUGAAUUUCGGUAUAAUCAAUGGGAAGCGCUUCAUGCUGCUCUUCAACAUCAUGAUUGUUUCAUCCUUAUGCCGACCGGUGGUGGUAAAUCCUUAUGUUAUCAAUUGCCAGCUGUUCUCGAUACUGGUGUAACAUUUGUCAUCGCGCCGUUACGAUCUUUAAUAUUCGAUCAGAAGCAACGUUUGAAUCAAUUAAAUAUCUCCUGUGCUGCAUUAACGGGAAAUAUUUCUCCCGAUGAAGCCGAUGGAAUAUAUCGAGAAUUGUAUAAAGAUGCGCCAAUGUAUAAAAUUGUUUUCAUUACACCGGAAAAAAUAUCUAUGAGCGAUCAACUGAAUAAUGUUCUCCGUGAUUUGUACAAUCGCCAACUAUUAGCACGGUUUGUCAUUGAUGAAUGUCACUGCGUUUCUGAAUGGGGUCAUGAUUUUCGUCGCGAUUACUCCCAACUCGGCCAAUUGCGUCUGAACUAUCCUGAAAUCAACAUCACAUUAUUAACAGCAACAGCUACGCCACGUAUUCGACAAGAUAUCCUUCAGCAAUUGAAUAUCACCGAUAAUUACAAACUUUUUACCCAAUCAUUCAAUCGUUCGAAUCUGAUUUAUGAAUGCAUACCUAAAGAAACGACGGAUGUCGCAUUAAGUCAAAUUGCUAAUUUGAUUAAAAUAAGCUAUGAAAAUCAAUGUGGAAUCAUCUAUUGUUUUUCUCGUGCUGAAUGUGAUCGAACAGCUCAGUACUUAUUGGCACAUAAUAUUCAUGCACUUUCUUAUCAUGCUGGUUUAAAUGAUUCCCUACGACAAACUAUACACAUGCGAUGGAUUAAUAAUGAAUGUCAAGUUAUCUGUGCAACAGUAGCAUUCGGAAUGGGUAUCGACAAGAAUAAUGUUCGUUUUGUUAUACAUUUUUCUAUCCCGCAAUCAAUUGAAGGUUAUUACCAAGAAUCUGGCCGUGCUGGACGUGAUGGUGAAAUAGCUCACUGCCAUUUAUUUUUCUCCUAUGACGAUUAUAUCCGAAUGAAACGAUUAGUUUUGAAUGAUGAUGAGUCGAAAUCUUCGAAGCAAACGAAACAAGUUCGAAUCAAUAACAUCAAUCGUGUUUAUGAUUAUUGUCUUAACAAUGUCACAUGCCGACGAACACAACUUUUGGAGUACUUUGGUGAGAUCUUUUCUCCAUCGGAAUGUCAUGGCACGAUGGCAACUGAAUGUGAUAACUGUCGACAAGAUUUUAAAACCUCAUCGAUUGAUUGUACACGAAUAUCAGUUGAAAUCUUAAAAUUAAUUUCCGAUUUGAAUCAAUCGAAUGCAUCUUUAUCUUAUAUCAUUGACAUUUUACGCGGAGUCAAUAGUAAAAACAUCCGUGACGCAGGUCAUCAUCGUCUACGAGCAUUCAAUACUUGUCAUCAAUUGAGUCGACUGGAUAUCGAACGACUCAUUUCUCGUUUGAUCAUCGAUGGAUAUCUCAAACAAGAAUUCAUUGAAUAUCAGCCAUCAACGGUCAUUGCGUAUCUUCGUCCAGGCGCGAAUGCAGUUCAAUUGACUUCAUCGUCAUCAUCACAACGGUCUGGGAAUACGAUUCAUAUUGAAUUGACCAUUCGAAUUGAACAGAUGACAAAUCAUCAUGAUGAAGGAUCUGCUAAUUCAAAACACUCUCCACUCGAGCAAGUCAAUGAGCAGUGUUUAGCUGAAUUGAAGGCAGAAUUGAAACUUAUAUUCCAUACUUCGACUUAUUCAAAUAUCAUUUCUGAACAAACAAUCAAAGAUUUAGUCAAACUAAUGCCUCGAUCAAAAGAAAAGAUGAUCAAAGACGUGCAUGGCAUAACCGAAGAAUUAUAUAAACAACAUGAUUUCAAUCGUCUCCUACGUAUUCUUCAACGAUUCGGCAGUCAACGGGAUGAAAUAAAGCGAAAAAAUUCGUCACAGAAAACGUCAGAUGGCGAAGAAGAAAUAGAUUUUUCUAUCGACUUUACCGAUCGGUCAACUAAUGGGAAAAAAAGGCCAACCGCAUCUAUUAUAACGACAACAAUCAAGCGAAAACGAGCAAGUGGUAGUAGUUUAUAA